AUGUCAGCGAUCCCGGACGAGACCCUCUCAAAAGUGCUCGAAAAGAUCCAACUGCAGGUUUACCAGACGAACCAGCAGUUGGCAGCGCUACGCGCGCAGAUCAGCGCACGCGAGAGAGAGGCCAAGCUCAACACGUUGACCUUGACCGAGUUGCAGGGGAUCGAGGAUGAGAGCGCGAGCUUUUAUAGGAGUGUGGGAAAGAUGUUUAUGCAAGACUCCCGUCCAACCAUCCUUUCCGAACUCACAUCCAAACAGCAACUCAUCACAACAGACAUCGAAGCCCUUCAAAAAAAGCAAAAGUACCUCACAAAACAAGGUCAGGACGCUCAAUCCCACCUCAAAGAUAUCUUCUCCAGCGUAAACCGUCAACAGCAACAGUCGGCAUAA